UCUUAUUUUCGAGGUUAAACAAUUUUUUUUAAGUCAAAUUAAAUAAAAAUGAGUGCAGAUUUAAUAGUAGACCCCCAAAUUCGUUUCUGGGUUUUUUUACCGAUUGUGGUUAUUACUUUUUUAACGGGGAUAUUAAGACAUUACGCAUCGAUCUUAUUAUCGAGUCAGAAGAAAAUAGAAUUACAGCAAUUAGCCGAUUCUCAAUUAUUGCUUAGAGCCAGAGCGUUACGAGAAAAUUGCGGAUACAUCCCGAAAAAUUCGUUCCUGAUUAGAAAACAAGCUUUUAACAAAGAAGAUGGUUAUCUCAUGCAAAAACGACCAGCGGUUAAUCAAAACAUGAUGACGGAUCCUUCUAUGAUGACUGACAUGUUAAAAGGUAAUUUAACCAACGUUUUACCCAUGAUAGUGAUAGGAGGUUGGAUAAAUUGGAUGUUUUCUGGUUUUAUAACAACUAAAGUACCGUUUCCUUUAACUCUGAGAUUCAAAUCGAUGUUACAAAGAGGAAUAGAACUGUCACAUUUAGACGCCAGUUGGGUAUCGUCGGCUUCUUGGUAUUUCCUAAAUGUUUUCGGUUUGAGAAGUAUUUAUACAUUAGUAUUAGGGGAAAAUAACGCCGCAGAUCAAAGUAAACAGAUGCAAGAACAGAUGCAGAUGACCGGAGCCGCAUCUGGAAUGCCCGCAGAUCCAAAAGUACCUUUUAAAGCCGAAUGGGAAGCUUUAGAAAUUACCGAACAUCAAUCCAAGUUAGCAGAUGUCGAAAAAGAAUUGUAAAAUGUAAAUUUUUUUCUAAAUUAUUGUAUUAUUAUAAUUUAUUAUCGUUUUAUAAGCAAAA